AUGGUAAUGGGUGGUGAAUCAUAUUGGUUGAAGGGCACGGCGACGUGGUACGGUGAUGUGGGAGGUGACGGGAGCGACGGAGGGGCGUGCGGUUACGGGCCGUUGGUCCACGUGAGGCCAUAUCAUGGUCGUGUCUCUGCCGGAAACGCCGCCCUUUUCCAACAAGGUAUGGGCUGCGGAGCGUGCUUCAAAGUGAAGUGUUUGGACCCCAGCAUCUGCCGUAGAAGGGCCAUUAGUGUGAUCAUCACUGACGAGUGUCCUCCCGGGGGCGCCUGCUCCGACAAUCAGUACCAUUUCGACCUUUCCGGGCCCGCCUUUGGCCGCCUUGCCAUCCCCGGCAUGGCAGACAGCAUUCGCACACGUGGUGAAGUUCCCAUUGUCUUUUCCAGGACACUUUGCAAGUAUCCAGGGAAAAACAUUGCUUUCCAUGUUGAUGAAGGAUCAACUCCUUAUUGGCUCUCAAUUUUAGUUGAAUUUGAAAAUGGAGAGGGAGAUAUUGAAAGCAUGUCCAUAAAACAGGCGAAUUUUGGCAUAUGGCAACCGAUGAGACAUGUAUGGGGUGCGACUUGGUGCAUUGACCAAGGCCCAUUACAAGGCCCAUUCUCCAUAAAACUUACAAACGGCCCACCCAAUCAGACUACGAUAAUUGCCCCCAAUGUGAUUCCACGUGAUUGGGCUCCUCUGUCUACUUACACUGCUACUCACAAUUUCUAA